UUUGAAGGCUCGGGGAGGCACAGAACAGCUCGACACGGCUCGUCCCGUGAGUGAUGAGAGCUCCCCGUACGCAGAUCCAGAUCGGGUCGCCUCCUACCGUCAACAUGCUUCAUUUAUCUACGGAUUCAUUAAAAAGGAGGCAACUCUUUUUUUAAUCCGCGAGGAAGCGUAGCUGCUGGAAAAGUUGAAUCGCUGAGGGGAGCCAAAUCUGCCACAACACCACCACCUCCUCCUCCUCACACAUCACCGGCCCGAAGAAGUUGGAUAUCUAGUCUGACUAGGUCUAACGGCCCAAUCCAGAAAUAUCAACAAGGAUUAAAAACAACCAGCAGGUUAUGAGGAAUGGAAGCGGGCACGGUGGUGCGCGCCUUGUUCGAGUUCCUCCCCAGCGUUUCGGAGGAGCUCCCCCUUUUCCCUGGUGAUGUCAUCGAAGUGAUGGGCGUAGUGGACGAGUUCUGGUUGCUCGGUAACAAAGAUGGUGUCACCGGUCAGUUCCCCAGCACCUUCGUAGAAGAGGUUACAAUCCCCAGCACCAAGCCAGGAGACAGACUCUAUGUGUGCAUAAAUGAUUUUAGCUCAGCAGAAUCAGCCACUCUGCCUUUAAAGAGAGGUGAUGUCGUUGUGGGAGAGACUGGAGGGCCCAAGACCCAUGGGGAUUCCUGGCAACGAGGCUGCAACGCUUGGGGUCUCCGUGGUCUCUUUCCUGUGUCAUGUGUAAAGGAGCUGAACCUCUCUGGGCGAUCGAGGCAGCUAUCAGACCGUUCAGCUCAGGCUCAUGCUUCAGAGCUCCCAUCUUAUGCAUUAGGCCAGGCCCGGGCUCUUAUGAACCUCCAUGCGCAGCUCAAUGAAGAGCUUGACUUCCGUGAGGGUGACUUGAUCAUCAUCACAGGACUUCCUGAGCCAGGCUGGUUUCAGGGCGAAUUAGAUGGCCAGAGGGGCAUAUUUCCUGAAGGGUUUGUUGAACUUCUUGGUCCUCUACGGUCUCCUCAAGUCCCAGACGAUGGCCAGUAUUUAAAUGAAGACACUCACCAGGUAAUUUACAAGGAUGCUUAUGUUGCUGGAGAGGGUACUGAAGAGGAAGUUAUGGAAGAGGAGGAGGUUUUUCUUGAUAAAGAACAAGAACAACAACAGGAAAUUAUCGUAGAGGAAGAGCAUGAGGAGGAGGAGCAUGAGGAUGGUCUGUAUGGAAUUGCGCUAUAUGAGUUUCGGGCCAUAGAGCCCGGUGAAUUGGACUUUAAUGUGGGAGAUCGCAUUCGUAUUGUUAACACUUUGGAAGACGGUUGGUUGGAAGGAGAACUGCGAGGGCAGCGUGGAAUUUUUCCUCAUCUUUUCAUUAAAAUGAAAGAAAAUGAACAGAAAACUGUAGAGGAAAGAAAUGAAGAAGAGAAAGAGAAUGGAGGCACUGAAAAAAACUCGAUCCAUAUAAUUUCCAAUAGGUCAGAAAAUCCAUCUGAAUUUGCGGUGUAUGAGGAUCAUACUGUUUGGGACUUGGACUACUUUGAGAGGACAGAUGAGCAAAGUUUCCUACAUGAAUAUAACAAUGCUGCAGCUGAGACUAAUACAAAGGAGCAGAAUGAAGUGAGCAAAAGACCUCCUUCACAGCCGCAUAGACCUGUCCAGCCACCUCACAGGCCUCCUGAGAGACCCAGAUCUAUCCCUCCGCCAAGGCCUAGACUACCUCCUCGGCUCAGCCUACCUCCACAUCGUUCUGGGCAACAGGUUACACCUAAGUCCGAUUGGAAUCAGGCCGACUAUAAAAACAGUAACCGCAGACCAUUACAACCAAAACGAUCUCAGAGUCUUAAUAGCGGUCAGCCUGGUUGGUCAAAAGACAAGAUGUAUCUCCAAAGAGUGCCAGCAGAUAUUAACUCCACUAAUAAUAAAACUCCUUGUCUUGGCCAAACAUUGCAUGCAACUAUAGAAAGUCAUAAACAACAAAGACUCACUUGCAUUGAGAGUAUUAGCGAUUCUGACAUAAACCAGAGUGCAGUUGGACCCUCAAAUUCCAAUAAGACUCGAGGUCCUAAUGGAAUACUCCCGACAUCCAUCACCUUGGAAUCUUUGGAAACAUCAGCCUGUGAUCUAGAAUCUAAGCUUACGCAGCAGCUUUAUGAGUUUGAGAAAAGCUUGACUACUUCUUAUAGUGACACCAAUAUGAGUUCUGCUGCUUUUAGAGAUACUUCACCCCCAGCUGAUCUAAACCAGCAAUCCAGAGUCUCCCGGCACUUUUCUAUCCUGGGCUACAGCAACGAAAAUGACAUCAUCCAAGGCUCCUCCAGCCUUUCAAACCCUACAACUUCCUCAUUGGAAAGACGCAGAACCCUUCGGCCACCCCCUCCCCGUCCUCGAGUCCAGCGGCCACCACCCCCGUCUGGGUACAGACCAACUCGUCCUGCUCCUCGUCCCCCUCCUCGCUCAAUGAGACAAAAUGCCCCCUAUCCACCCUGUGGCCCCAGAACAAACAGCCCCACCUCUUACGCCUUUGACGAAACCGCCACCAAUGACCCUGAUGAGGUGCAGCCGGACCCCACAGCGGCCCAUGAACGCGAAACCCCACAGGAUACAGAGCAAAACCUGAACAGAGAGAUGGAGGCAGAAAGUGAGAGACAGAAGGACAGGGAGGAAAGCUACCAUGUACUCGCACGGCUCCAGGAGGUGGAGCAUGAUAUGGAGGAAUAUGCUCAGACUGCAGAGGAACUAAGAGUAAUGUUGGAGGAGGAUGAAGAUGAGGCAGCACGAAUGCAGACCUUGGAGAAUCUGGAGUUCUGCAACUACAUGUUGGAGACUCUGGCCUUGGAGCAGCAGCACCUGCAAGAGAUGACGCAGCUUUCAUCGCAGCCCAAACCCCUGGACGCAGCCGCCGUCUCCGACGAAGCCCCCACAGCUGGCACAGGUCCCGAAGAUCUUGACCAGAGGAUGCUGGAGAAGAGGUCAAAGGUCGUUGAAGAGCUGCUGCAGACUGAGGAAGACUACAUCAAAGACCUGGAAAUGUGCAUUGAUGAGAUCAUUAUUCCACUGCAGGAGAAGAAGGUGAAGGUGGACUUUGAAGGUCUCUUUGGGAACAUCAACUCUGUCAUUGAAUUGUCCCGUCGGCUGCUUGGAGGACUGGAAAAUACUGACUCAAUAGGCGGUGUCUUUCUGAGCUUCAAAGCUGAGCUGGAGGAGGUCUACAAGCUCUACUGCCAAAACCACGAUGAUGCCAUCUCCCUGCUGGAGACCUACGAGAAAGACGAAAACAUUCAGUGCCACGUGUUGGAGUGCCUGGAGAGACUGAGGGCAAUGUACCGCGAGUGGGGUAAAGCUAAUUACAUCAACCUGGGCUCCUUCCUGAUUAAGCCGGUGCAGCGGGUGAUGCGUUACCCGCUGCUGCUGACGGAGCUGCUGGGCGCCACUCCGGAGAGCCACCACGACCGUCCCCAGCUGACUCAGGCUGUGACGGCCAUCAAGCAGAUCAACGUGAACAUCAAUGAGUACAAGCGCAGAAAGGAUCUCGUGGUGAAGUACAGGAAAGGAGAAGAAAACUCCUUCAUUGACAAGAUCGCCAAGCUGAGCAUGCACUCCAUCAUUAAGAAAUCAAACCGCGUCAGCAGCCACAUCAAGCACCUCACAGGAAUGUCUCUCCAGAUUAAAAAUGAAGAUUUUGAUGUUGCUGAGAAGAAGUUCAGGCUGCAGGAGAGACUAAUCAAGUCUUUCAUCAGAGACAUCUCCAUGUACCUGCAACAUAUCAGGGAGUCGGCCUCUGUAAACGUCUUGGCAGCCAUGAGUUUGGGUGACAUCUACACCGAGCGCAGCGUGCUGGAUCCAGAGCACUUCCACAGAGCUCACCGCAGCAUCAGCGACAAACAGUUCGCUCUCUUUAAGGAGCGCACCGAGUUGCUGGUCAUCAAACCUCUCUCCCAACUCCUCGCCAUGUUCGCCGGGCCACACAAGCUCAUCCAGAAACGCUUCGACAAGUUGCUCGACUACGACAACUGCAAGGAGCGGGCCGAUCGCCUGAAGGACCGCCGCGUGCGAGACGAGCUGCAGGUGGCCCGCAACAACUACGAAGCACUGAACGCCCAACUCCUGGAUGAGCUGACGAAAUUCAACAUGGUGGCGGAGGACUUGUUCAAAGACUGCGUGAGCGCCUUCGCUCAGGCCCAGAGGGACUUCAUGAAGAUGACGCUGGGAGAGCUGACGCCCCUGCUGCAGCAGUUUUCUAACAAAGUCACUUCAGGGGCAGAAGUGAUUUCACUGUUUCAAGAGGAGUACAAGGGGGUUCUCAAACUCCUACAGAGCUUCAGUUUCUGCCCGGAGAACCUCCCGCAGCCAACGGCAACCACGAAGAAGCCAUUUGAUAGGAAAACGCUGGAGAAGCAGCCUGCUAAGAAGCAGCCUCAAGGACCUCCGAACCACAUCGUGCAGACGGAUGAGCAUCGCUCUGCGCUCCUGGCCGGUUACGGUCCUGAGGAACUUUACCAGGCGGAGAGGAACUUCAAUGCUGCUCAGGAUCUGGACGUCUCCAUACAAGAGGGAGACCUUGUGGGUAUAAUAAAGCAGCAGGACCCUUUGGGAAGCAACAACCGUUGGCUUAUUGAUAAUGGAGUCACCAAAGGUUUCGUGUACAGCUCCUUCCUCAAACCGUACAACCCACGCAGGAGCCACUCUGACGUCUCCAUUGAGAGCCACUCAUCCAACGAAUCCGGGUACGGCGGCUCCUCCCCCGUUUUCUCCCGCCAGAACAGCAACAGCACUUUAACCUUCAACCAGGAGACGGCCACCGUCAGCUUCUCCACCUCACAGUCCAAGAACCACUCUUCACCCCAGCCGUCGUUAGAAUCUGCCUCGUCUCGCCGAAGCCACCACAGAGACGCGACGCCCAACCCCGACAGCAGCAUCCAGAACUCCUCGGCCCAGAAUCACUCGAACCGCAGAGAUUUCCCGGACUCAACUCGCAGGAAUGCCGCCGAUCACAGAGACUCGGAGCAGCCCUACGGGCACAGAGACUCGUACGAUUCCAGGUACGAGAGCAGAAACAGAGACACAUCGGACUUCUACGAGACGGACUCGUCUUCUUCUCAGAAGAACAGCAGCCGAUCAAAAAGACACGGACAUGCAGAGAAGAGCUACAGUUCGCCACAGUGGAGGAGUGGAGAUGGUAGCAUCCCAAGGAAGUCUGCUUACAGCCGAGAGGAACACAAUGAGCCGGAACCAGAACCAGAACCAGAACUUGAACUAGAUGGUCAUCAGAUUUACUACGCUCUGUACUCCUUCAACGCCCGCUGCGCCAAUGAAAUGAGCAUCUCUGCGAACGAGCGUCUGCGCAUCUUGGAGUUCCAGGACAUGAACGGAAACAGCGAGUGGUGGCUAGGGGAAGCCGACGGAGGAAGACGAGGAUACGUGCCUUCCAAGUACAUCCGCAAAUCUGAGUACACAUGAACAAGCUCAUCGCCGGAGGACAGUUCGGUCUGAGGAACUUUGCGAGCUUUGAGCGAACAAAAACAUACAAAGAAAACAAGCAUAUUACUGUAACUUAUUCUCAAACAGAUCUCCUUGACUUUGAAAUGGACUUUACAACUCAUGCUACUGGGAUUGUUUGUAUUUAUAUACUUUUUUUUAAAAGAUAUUUUUUUACUAACUAGAAGGUGCACUUUGACCUUCUGUUCCCACAUCAUUACCUGUGAAAUGCCAUAUUAUCUGAUGCCAUGCACCAUCAGUUUGCAUGUUAAACAUUGGGAGAAUGCAAUGAAAAUUUUUAGGGCUAUUUUUUUUCCCAUCAUGUGGCUUUUGACUCCUCUACUUCAGCCCAGGAGCAUAAGAUGCUGCAGAUUUCUGCCACGCUGGACAACAAUCAACCUCUGAGGCACUUAUUUUGGUCGCACAUUUGCGGUGUCUGCAGAACAAUCACCGACAGCUUGGAGUGUUGUGUGGGUUUAACGCAAAUCUUCUGGGUUCAAAUCAGAACAAAAAAAUUCAAGUGCAUAAAACGUUAUGGUUUACAGCUCUGCUUUUGAACUCGUCUCAGCUUCCUGGUUUCUUGUGUUAACCAGAUGGGUUGGAUCUUCCUGUAAGGAAUGUUGCAGCCUGAUUCAGUUCCUCUCCACAUGCUUCCGUUGUCUGUUCUGGCCAUAUUAAGACUUAUGAUCUUGUGCUCAAUGUAAGGUAUUCCCUGUUUGAAUAAAAUACUGAUCAGAUGAAGACUAA